AUGGGAUCCGACAACCCCUGUACACUCACACUGGAAGACGGCACCCACUACGACCUCAACCAGCUCUCAUCGUCUACAGCAGACUAUACCGCCCAAGUCGGAGACACAAGCUACUAUCUCAAUGUUUGCAAGAGUGUAGUGGGAGAGCUGUACAAGAUAGACAAUCCGGAUGAUGUAGGAGGCUUUGUGCGCAGGCCGGACGGGGACUUCUCACUGGGUCAGGUCAACACAAACCUGACACUUUCGCCUAUGGUCAACGACCCUUUGUUGACUAUGACCGGUGGCUCGGCGUGCCCUGGCAACCCUUCCGAAACAGCAUCAACAGCCAUACGGUUCAUUUGCAGCCCAUCAGAUUUUGAUGCUGGCAAGCCUUUGCUGGUCGCGAGUCUUCCUCCUCAAGAUCCGUGUCAUUUCUACUUUGAAUGGAGUACCCAUGUGGCAUGUCCCACGAACCCCAAGAGAGAACUUGAAAGCCACCACUAUUAUAUCGCUUUCUUUGCCAUCUUGGCGAUAGCCUUCUUGACGUGGUUUGGAGGUGUGACAAUGUACAACCGCCUGAAACUCAAACGUCGCGGCAUCGACCAAUUCCCUCUGCCCGACUUUUCCUCAUGGCACCUCCCCUCCAUCCAUAUCCCCAGUCGCUCCAAUGCAAACUCUUCGUCGAACGGUGCUUCGAGACCUGGAUGGGGUUCAUGGAAUCGAAGGUCGUCUGGGUACAGCAAUGUGAGAGCGGAUGAGCAUGACGAUGAGGAGACGGGCUUUGCGGGGAGGUUCAGUUUGGAGGAGAGUGAUGAGGACGCGGAGGACUUGACCACUGUCGGGGUUGGGGAGGCGAAUGUGUGGAGGAACCACCAGCAGGAGAGGGAUUCGACAGAUGGACAGGGGAAGGGAAAAGGUCGAGCCGAGCACGGCGGAUUGGUGGACGUAUAG